AUGGUGGAGAAGGUCCUCGUGGCCUUGUGGUACCUCUUUUGGACCGUGCUCAAGGCAGUGCAUUUGCAAGUCCGGGACACUCUGCCUUGGCCCUUCCAGCGCAGGCCUCCUCAGGCUUCAGCCGCACCUUGGCCGAUUCCAUGGUUCGAUGUGUCUCAAACCGGCCAACCACGCCCAUCCGAUCUGCCGCUCUGGUCCUCGGCAACCGCCUCGUUUCCUGGCGGACCGGCUCAAGAACUGCCAGAAGACUUCGUCUCCGACGUCCCUCCUCAGAGCUUCACCUCUGAACAAAGUGUCUGGGAUCUGGGACAGGACUUGGACUGCGAACUCUUCGACCUGAGCAAUCUGACACCGGAUUCGAGUUCACCGUCUCUGGGCAUUGAGCCUUCCUCAGACUCGCCCUACUUCAGCCAGUCCAGCUCACUAUCCGGUCUGCUGUCGUCCCCUCGGCCGAACCCGAUUUCAAGCCAAGCCGCGUCUCUGUCUGGCAGCAUCUCGGCAUCUCCCCACGUUACAGGGUCCAGUAAUGAGAGCUCAAAUCUCUGCCGCGGCUGCGGCAAGACCUUCGACAGCAGAGAAAAACUCAAACGGCACGCCCGGUGGCACACAAAGAAUUAUCAAUGUCCCUAUGACGGAUGCGGCGCCCGAUUCAGCACAAGAUCGGAACUCGAAAGACACAAGAAAAACCUUGGUCAUGGAGGCGGAAAGGAUGAGCGAUGCCCACGCUGCGACAAGGCAUUCACUCGAAAGUAUAACAUGCAACGGCACUACAGGGCCGCUCACGAACCAGGUGAAUUUGUCAACGGCCGAGUGUAG